AUAUUAAAACCUCUACAUUUGAUGAUUUGAAUCAGUUGCCAUCAUGCCUGCAGGACGCCCACCCAGUCAAAUUAAUCAAUAUAAACAGGAGAUAUCUACUAGCUUUCAGAAUGGCCAGAGCAUAUCAAAUAUUACAAAGAUGCUAUCUGAUGAAUAUCAGAUCACUAUUCAUCCCGAGACAAUUCGACGGCGUCUUAAACAAUGGGGUGUUUCACGUACGAAUCCUGGCCCUAGAGAGUUAGAGGAUAAGAUCAAGGAACUGUAUUUCAAACAGGGUUUACGUGACAAGGAAAUCAUACGUGCGCUAGAAAGGGAUGGUAUAAAAAUAUCCCAAUCCACUCUUACAACAAUUUGGCUCCGGAUUGGGCUUCAGCGACGGGUUGUCAAGCCAGAAGAUAUUCAACAUACAGAUGAUAUUGUCAGGGAAGCAGUUCGGGAACAACUCAACACAACCGCACUCAAAUCAGUGUAUUGCAACAGUUUCUUGAAGUACUUCAAGAAACAAAUAUUCAGCCUCGCUAUAUACGCUCUGAUAAAGGGGGCGAAACAGUUCUAG